AUGCCGCCUAAAGGUAAAUCCUCUCGAGGUCGCGGAGGUGGCGCUACCACCAGAAGAGUGGCCGCCGGAGGUGGCCAAACCAGCAGACAAGAAGCCGCCGGAGGUGGCCAAACCAGCAGACAAGAAGCCGCCGGAGGUGGCGUAACCACCAGACGAGUAGCCGCCGGAGGUGGCCAGGCGCUACCACAAGAAGCUGUAGGAGGAGGCGAGACCAGCAGACCAGUAGCCUCUCGAGAUCGAGUCCGAACCUUCGUUGGUCACAGACCACCAGUCACUGCGAGUGGAGUCGGAACAUCUUCAAACGCGUCGAACCCAUCCUCGGCAAGUCAAUCUGCGACCCAAUCUCAAGUGAGUCGUCCUUCACUUAAUUCUAGUAGACAAAAUCCUCCUCCUAGGCAGACUCCUCCUCUCAAUAGACAGACUCCUCCUCCUCAGCCGCAGCAUCAGCCACCGUCUCCUCAAACCCAGCCUCUACCGGAACAUGAUGCGAAUAACCAAGUGCUACCUGAAAACGAAGACCUUGUAGAGGAAGAGAUCGAUGAUGUAGGACAAGAAGAUGACGAAGAAAACCCUCAUCCUGGGGAAGACUACCAAGAAAUGCUGGAUCGUUUGCUAGCUCUUCCAGGCCGAGAACAUCUUACUCGAUUGUCUGUACACCCAAUCCCAGGCGUUGAAACACUCUGGUAUUAA